AUGUUCUCCCUUUUUUUCUUUCCUUUUUCUUCUGUGCACCAGAAGAAAAAGAGUUAUAUCACUAUCUAUCUAUCUAUCUAUCUAUCUAUCUAUCUAUUAUAUACCAUUCAUAAUUUUUCCUUCUUUCUCACCUACUCCACUCUCACCAUUUUUCUUAUUUUUUCUUUCUCUCUAUUUCUCUGUCUUCACUUUUACUUUAUUUUAUCCCCUUCUUUUUUCCUGUUUCUUUUGGAUUUUUUCAUUCUGAUUUUUUUAACAUUUCUUUUCUUUUUUUUCUCACUCUCCUCAUUACAUUAUUUCUUCCUUUUCUCACUUAUAAUUAAGUAUUCUCUCUCUCUCUCUCUCUCUCUACUGUGCUUUGUCUACCUCCAUUUUGAUUACAGUCAAUUUAUUCUGGAUGCAAAUGCUAGAAAAAGGAUAUUCUGGUCUCAUGGAGAUAACUGGGUUAAUGAAGCUGCCCUUAAUAACAAUCUCUUCCAAGAUGGGUGA